AUGCCAGAGCGGUCCAACAGCAGCAUCAGAGGAGCUGGAAAUUUCGGUUCAUAUCAAUGUCAAGCCUGUUUGGAUGCCAACAGAGAGUGCGACCUUGGCACAUUCCCCAUCACCGUGGAUGAAGACUUCCAGUCUCAGACUCAACCACCACAGCGUGCAAAGGGCAAAGCACGUCGGCCGGACACAGGCAACCCUGACCAGCAAACUUAUCCCAUACUUUCAGAAAUGUCACCCGCACACCUUUCAGAACAUCACGACCACAGCACACAGAAUGGCGCUUCGAGUCUUCCUUCAGCGGGCGGACAGGUCCCAUUCUCGCCUCAGUCCAAGAGUACCAGCCCCCAGGAAGGCUCAGAGAUGCUCCUUGUACGAUUAACGGAGACGCCGCAAGGCGAGAACGGAACUCGCCACCCUGUUGAGAUGACUGACAGAGUCUUGUACUUUGGAGACGAGUCGAUUUGGUCCGACAGCCUACGGAGAGCUCGAAGCAGCAAAUUCAGGUAUGCUGCAAGCCCACAGUCUUUAAGCACUAGAGCAGUCGAUCGCAACAUUCAUUAUGCAGUGCCGCCAACAGUGAGAGAUCAACCUCAGAACACGGCACAGGAUGAUCUCGAUAUACAGCAGGAGGAAAUGAAAUUGCUCCAGAGGAAAGGUGCCUUUUCCCUACCCCCUUCUGAUGUCCAGAGAAAGCUCCUCGACACCUACUUCAUGUGGAUAUAUCCUUUACAGCCGAUCCUCGACAAGGAGCAGUUUCUCGAGGAAUUUGAGAGGGGCCAGGCGCCCAUCAUUCUUCUCCAAGCAUUGUUGUUUGCUGCCACUACCUGUUGUGAUGAAAGCAUCAUCAUCCCACUUUGGCCAAGUCGCCGAACAGCUCAAUCUACCCUGUACAAGCGGGUCAGGGCGCUGUACGAUGCGGAUCACGAACAGAAUCACGUCACAGUCAUCCAAGUUCUCUACCUCAUGUGUUUCUGGUGGGGGAGCCCCAUGGACAAAAAAGACUUCAGCCACUGGCUGGCAGCAUCUAUCCAUCUGGCACAGGUGACGGGCAUGCAUCGGUCGUAUGGUCAAGACCAAAGACUCCCAUCUGUCGCUCAAGGACAGAAAACUCUGGAAACGCAUUUGGUACGUGAUCGUUUCGACGCCGCAUCAGUGGGCCGGCCCAUGAUCAUCAACGACGACGACUGCGAUAUUGAACCGUUGUGCCUGGUCGAUUUUGAAUGUGACGAGAACGGAACGCCGCCUCAAGGAGCCGGACACUGUGUUGAGAUGACGAAAUUAGCGACGUUAAAUCCAAAGAGAGCGAUCGACGAUGAUCUUUCGGCUUGGGAAAAGCAGCUUCCAGCGCCCCUACGCUACCACGAAGGGGCACUCGACCCUCAGGCCAUGCUAUUUGCAGCAAUGCUAUCGUUCGGCCUUCACUUUUGCCGCAUUGUCCUACAUCGAAAAGGCUUCCUAGAUGCAAAUACCAAGAACGAAUCCCUCUCAACGGCCUUGGCGUCGGCUAACGUCGUAACCCGUCUCGUCGAGGAGUUACUCAGUGAAGGUCUCCUGCCGAGGGCACAAGUACAUUUAAUCGCGGUCAUUUUUGCCUCCUUCACAAUACUUGUUGUUUCCAUGGAGCAAGGCCAGGGAGCACGCAGGCGAGUCCUGCAACACAAAUCCAAGCUGUGCCUUCUGGCUCUUGCAGAGUUUCGUGAUUACUGGCCAUUUGUGGACUGGAUGUACCGAAUGUUCAGUAACCUUUUGCAUUGGCUGGAGGUUGGAGACCACCCCUCUGCUUCCUCCUCGAGCGAAGGGAACAACCAGACGCUGUGGACCACCCAGCUUCGUCCGAACCACAUUCAACUACCAUCACAGCAGCAGCAGCAACCACCUGAUUUGACGGACAGCGCCGUCGAGGUCGCUCACGAUGACAAUGCGGCCACGUCUAUGCCUCUCUACGAGCAAGAUGCAAGCUCCAUGGCUGACGUCCAGCCGGAAUAUGGCAUGCUCCAGCAAUUCAUGUCCGGUAUGCUAACGUCAGAAAACUUUCUCGACCCAUUUAUGCCUUUGGACAGUCUCGAGUGGGACGAUCCAAGCAUUACCAACUUGGCCAAUCUGCCGGGAAAUUCCAUGCUUUGGACUUCUACACCGUUGCCUAUGGUGGACAAAGGGUCCCUGUCCUGA